UCCCAAGGGGUCAGAUCAUACCAAAAACAAAACACAAGCCAAGUGAAAGUGAGAAAAAAUAAAAAUCAAAGAGCAUAAUGUCAGGGAUCAUUCACAAGAUUGGGGAGACCCUUCAUGUGGGAGGGCACAAGAAGGAGGAGGAGCAUAAGGGUGAGCACCAUGCUGGAGAAUACAAAGGGGAGCACCAUGGUGAACACAGUAGUGAGUACAAAGGAGAGCAUCAUGGUGAACACAAAGCUGGAGAGUACCAUGGUGAGCACAAGCCAGAGCACAAAGAGGGGUUCCUAGACAAAGUCAAGGACAAGAUCCAUGGUGAGGGCGGCGCCGCCGAGGGCGAGAAGAAGAAGAAGGAGAAGAAGAAGAAGGAGCAUGGCCAUGAGCAUGGCCAUGACAGCAGCAGCAGCAGUGACAGUGAUUAAACUGCUGCAUCACCUAUAUAUUUAAAAGGUUUAUGGGACCAUAGUAGCGAGGGCUGUGCCUUAAUUUCUCUCUCUCUCUCUCUCUCUCUCUCUUUUUCCUUUUUCCCUAUCUUGUGAUCUAUUUAUGAGUGAGAAAAACAAAAGUGAGAAAUUGUGCGUGUAUCUGGUUGUUAAUUCGAGUGCUAUUAGUCUGUGGUUUGGUUGGUUUGUAACCCCGCUACUUGGGUUAUGUUUGAUUGUAUAUUAUCCUAGAGAAAUAAAAAUUUUAAAUUAUCAGUACGUAUUGGUAUUA